GUUGGGAAUUAGUCUAUGGUAUCUAGUCCUCCAGCGCUUCUCACAACUUGGAAGAGCUGUUGUUUUCGGUGUCGUUUGUGAUUUCUUACCGGUACAAUGGCGUCCUCAGCAAACGCGCUAAGCAAGCAACCGCCCAUCCAGUCCACGGCCGGUGCCGUACCGGUUCGCAAUGAAAAAGGUGAAAUAUCAAUGGAGAAAGUCAAAGUUAAACGAUAUGUUUCUGGUAAAAGGCCCGAUUACGCUCCAAUGGAGUCUUCUGAUGAGGAAGAAGAGGAGUUCCAGUUUAUUAAGAAGGGGAAAGAACAGGAGGUCGAGCAGGAGGAACAACCAGAAGAAAGUACCAGCGAUCCUCGUUUACGUAGAUUGCAGAGUCGCAUGAACGAGGAUGUGGAAGAAAGGUUGGCCAGGCACCGGAAGAUUAUUGAGCCUGAAGUAGUUGGGGAAAGUGAAUCUGAGCCUGAGCCAGCAGAGGAUUGGCGCAUGGAUCGAGAGGACACUAGUGAGGAGGAAGAGGAAGAAGUAGAUGAUGAGGAAAUAGAGCGGCGCCGUUCCAUGAUGCGUCAAAGAGCUGAAGAGAGAAAAAACGAUGAAAUGGAAGUGAUGGAGGUAGAGGAUGAGGGCAGAUCAGGGGAAGAAUCGGAAUCCGAGUCUGAAUAUGAAGAAUACACUGACAGUGAAGAUGAAAUGGAACCGCGACUCAAGCCUGUGUUUAUCCGAAAGAAAGACAGAGUUACUGUGCAGGAAAAAGAAGCUGAGGCGCUUAAACAGAAGGAGCUGGAGGCAGAGACAAAACGAAUGGCAGAGGAGAGAAGGAAAUACACCUUGAAGAUUGUAGAGGAGGAAACAAAGAAGGAGAUUGAAGAGAAUAAGCGAUCCCUGGCAGCCCUUGAUGCCCUCAACACAGAUGAUGAGAAUGAUGAAGAGGAAUAUGAAGCCUGGAAAGUAAGAGAGUUAAAGCGCAUCAAGCGAGACCGAGAAGAAAGAGAGGCGAUGGAGAAGGAAAAGGCAGAGGUUGAUCGUCUGCGUAACAUGACAGAUGAGGAAAGACGGGCAGAGCUGCGUGCAAACGGCAAAAUAAUAACCAACAAGGCACUGAAGGGGAAAUACAAAUUUCUGCAAAAAUAUUACCACAGAGGUGCAUUCUUCAUGGAUGGAGAUGAAGAUGUAUAUAAAAGGGAUUUCAGUGCACCCACCUUGGAGGAUCAUUUUAAUAAGACUAUAUUGCCCAAGGUCAUGCAGGUCAAGAAUUUUGGACGUUCAGGUCGGACAAAAUAUACUCACUUGGUUGAUCAGGACACCACUUCAUUUGACUCUGCUUGGGGUCAGGACAAUCCACAGAACACAAAGUUCUUCAAACAGAAGGCAGCAGGAGUAAGGGAUGUGUUUGAGAGGCCGACUGUGCAGAAAAGAAAGACAUAAAUGUCCGUGUCUAUGAGGGACUUGUCCAUAUUUUCUGGGUUAUAAAAAGAACUGCAGCUCAUAAACAAGGACCACCAUUACUUGCACAUACUCUGUAUAUAUAAUUUGCAAGUAAUGUAAUGUUUUUUUUUUUAAUGUGUGAAUGAAUUGUUGGGUUUGUCAUUAGCAAAUCACAAAGCAUUCUCCAAGCUGUGGAGAAACAGAGAUUUUCACAGUUUUUUCAAAAAUGUUAUAAAAGGUAUUUUUUAGUUAGAAUCAUUUUGACAUUCAGGAACACUGAAACCGAGGCAAGAUUUGAUAAUAUUUGUAAAUAAAAAAGUUACUCUGUCA